AUGGGAUCUUACGAUCAGGCUCUAUCAGUUGCCAAUUACAUCAAAAGUAAGGUGGAUAUUGGCCCAAAAGUUGGUAUUAUUUGUGGCUCUGGAUUGGGUACCCUAGCUGAAACAGUCAAAGAUCCUGUUAUUAUUAAAUACUCUGAAAUCAAAGAGUUCCCAAAAAGCACUGUCGCCGGUCAUGCUGGUAAUCUCGUUUUUGGUAAACUUGGAGGCAAAAAUGUUGUUGUGAUGCAAGGUAGAUUUCAUCCUUAUGAGGGUUAUGAAAUGAGCCAGAUCACUCUUCCUAUUAGAGUAUUCAAAUUACUUGGUGUCGAAACAAUGAUCGUUACUAAUGCCGCUGGUGGUUUAAAUCCUCGUUACAAAGUUGGUGACAUGAUGAUUAUUAAAGACCAUAUCAGUUUGUGCGGUUUAACUGGCAAAAACCCACUUGUUGGCCACAAUGAAGAUAAAUUUGGACCCCGUUUUCCAGCCAUGUCAAAUAUAUAUACUAAAGAACUCAGACAACUUGGAAAGAAAAUUGGUGCUGAAUUGAACAUAGGGGAAUUUCUUCGUGAAGGUGUUUAUGCUGCUCAAAUAGGCCCAACGUACGAAACUCCCGCCGAGGCUCGUUUUAUUCGUUUGGUUGGAGCAGACGCUGUCGGAAUGAGCACAGUGCAUGAGACUAGCGUUGCUAGACAUGCUGAUAUGAAAGUCUUUGCUAUGUCUCUUAUUACCAACAUGAUCGUGCAAGAUGAAGAUAGUGAUGAACUAGCCAAUCAUGAAGAAGUCCUGGAAACUAGCAACAAAAGGGCUGAAACAAUGAAGACCUUCGUCACAAAGCUUGUUGAAUAUAUGAAUUAG